AUGUACAAUUUCCAACGUCUGAAUGGUCCGCCAGGUUUGAAUACCCCUCCAGGCUUGAAUACUCCACCAGGCUUGAAUGCUCCCCCGGGAGCCAAUCCUCCUGGGAUGCAGCAGUCGAACGGUCAACAGGCCGGUCGACUCCCCUUCCAAAUCCCCCCCAAUAUACCAAACAUCAACUUUUCUGCACCAGUGAUUCGACUUGGCACCGGCCCGGCAAAGCCUUCGCAAGACUCGGGACGUGAACGAGGAACUGAUGGCCCCGGACGACGUGCUGGUAUCGGCUCCUCUACUACGGACAACUCGCGUCAAAGUGGUCGCGAUUCGAUUAUGCAGCUUCAACCUCCCACUCGGGAGGAGAUUGUGCGCACCCUCUUCGUCGGAGGUAUCACUGAAGGUGCAGGUGGUGACGACGGCAUUGAGCGCAUUCUUCGGUCCGCUGGCCGUCUACGACGUUGGAUCCGUGCGACAGAUGCGGAUGAGAAACCUUGCCGGUUUGGAUUCGCCGAGUUUGAGAACGCAGAGAGUCUGGAGAUUGCAGUAGAGAUACUCAAAGAUAUUGAGAUCCCUGUGAAGAAACAGACCCCAGGCGCAGAGGGGGAUGACGAGAAGAAAACUGAAGAAAUUGAAAAGAGCAAUCUCAUGGUUGUGGUCGAUGAAGGCACCCUCAGCUACUUGGAGCAAUACGUCAGUACCCGAGGAGAUCGGGACCCCCAGGAACUUCAGGCGCGCCUUGAUAAUGCCAGAGCCGAUCUGAAGACCGCACUUGCGAAGCUCUUCAACCCAAAACUGCAGGAUGUCGCAGAAUUUGAUAACCCCGAUGGCGAUGUUGACAUGAAGGAUGCUGACGCAGGAGAAGUUGUUACGAUUCCCAUCACUGUGGAAGACGAGCUGGCCGAUGUUCCGCCCGAGAUGCGCGAGAAUGUCGCCAAGGAAAUUGCCGCCUUCCGUGAGCGUAGUAAUCGUCGCGAUAUGGAACGGCUGAAACGUGAGGAGGAGAUCGAGGCGAUGGAGCGUGCUCGGAAUGCGGGCCCACGCAACCGACUUGCUUCCCCUCCCGUCUCUGCCCCCACUGGUCCAUCCGGUGGUGCUAAUGGUAUUCCCCUGGGCCCACGUGAACGUGGAAUGCCUAAUGCCCCAUCCGGCCCAAAGGGAUACAGUGGCCAGAUUUCGCAUGAAUUCCAUAAGGGUGUGACAUUUGUGAGCAGCGGUCUUACCCAGGAGGAGGAAGACUCUGACGCAAGUGAUGAGGAACUUGAACGCCGCCGCCAGGCCAAGAAGAAUUCGGAGGAAGACAAGAAAUUCCUUGACCAGGAACGCCGUUGGCUUAAUCGCGAGCGAAGCCGAACCGCAGCUUUGGAGCGCGAGAAGAAACGGGAUGACGAGGAAGAUGACCGGCUGCAAGCUGCCCAUGAUGAGAUGGAAAAACGCUUCCGAGAGUUCAACGACGAUGAUGAGGCCAGCCGAAAGACUGUUCCGUACUACGCCGAUUACAGUGUUUGGGUUCGCAACCGGGCCAGCUUCCGUGCCCGUGAGCGUAGCAUUGAUGAGGCUGAUCGAGCUGCUGAACAGCGAGAUCUCGAACGCUCGGCCCAGCAACAAGAGCAGGCGCGGGGCCAGGCCGAUGACUUCCUCGCUCGCCAAGCACGGGAAUUGGAGGCACGCGCCCCGGAACCUCGCGAACCCCAGCGUUUCAAGAUGUCUCUCGGUGCAGCAGCACAGAAGGCUCAUGCGGCUACUCGCCGCACAGUGGCCGAAAUCGAAGGUCUGCUUGAAGACGAGGACGAACCUGCCACCGCUCCUCGCCGAACUCUUGUUCCUAUCAAGUUUGACACUGCCGCUGAGGCCGCUGGCCUGUCAGAUGAGGAACGUGUGCAGGCAGCCCGUCAACUGGCCGCCGAGAUCCCCACUGACAAGGAAGGUCUCUGGAACUGGGAUAUCAAAUGGGGAUUUGUGGAUGACAGCAUCAUCGGUGAACAGAUCAAGCCAUUUGUAGAGAAAAAGAUUGUCGAGUAUCUUGGCGUUCAGGAGCAAAUGCUGGUUGACGUUGUGGAAGAGCAUGUGCGUAAGCACGGCACUCCCCAGGAACUGGUCGAGCAAUUGGGAGAGGCUCUUGAUGAGGAGGCCGAAGUGUUGGUUCGCAAGCUGUGGCGGAUGUUGAUUUUCUUUUCCGAGAGCGAGAAGCGCGGACUGUCAGCUUAA